CAGCUAUGGUCUGUAUUUCGUAACGACACGCCCGAUCAAGACGAACAAUUACCAUUAGGUUGUGCUCCACAACAUAUUUAAGGGAGUUAAAGGCAAGAUGCCCGAAGGCGCCAAGUCGAAGAAGAACAAGAAGAACAAGGGCGCCGCAAAGGCCAUAGAAAAUGAGGCCCCGAAGAUAAAUAAUGAGCACCCUGAAGGAUCUAAACAGGAUCUAAGCGAUGGAGCCUCCGGGCAACCAAAAGCCAAUGAUGCACAGCUCGACCCAGCCGAUGGAACAGUCAUGGAAAACCGGGAAACACAAUCAAAUGACGAAAAGGAUGAUUCCGAUACUGAUGGGGCGGCGGAGGCUGGCGAUCGAGAAACAACUGGUGUGAGGAAUAAAGACGAUAACGCCAACGACUCGAAGUCAUUGCCUGGCCCCGAAGGACUUCAUUCGAAAGAUAGAUUUGAUGCUCUCGUGCGAGACAGAGAUUCUUUACGUGCAGAAGUGACGGAUAUGAGAAAAUCCUUGGAGGAAAUACAAUCUAAGCAUCGUACGGAUAUGGAGGCUCUACAGCACAAACUGGACGAUACCGAGAGCAAGAAGGAGCAUGCAGAAACGCAGUUCCAAAAGCUACUAGAAAGAGUCAAUACAAUCAAAUCGCAGCUUGGGGAAAGACUCAAGGAAGAUGCCGAGGAAAUUGCUCAAGCCAGAUCUAAAAUUGAAGACUUGGAGGACCAGAAUUUACAGCUAAAAGACGAGCUGGACACAAAGAGCACCGAGCUGGCAGAGGCGACAGGAGACAACGAGCAAAAGUCGAAAGAACUUUCCACUUUGCGAGAUCGAACGAAUCUUUCCCAACAAAACUGGCUCAAAGAGAAGGAAGAAUUGCUUGAUCAAGAGUCGUACCUUCAAUCAGAAUUCGAACAGGCCAAGGAGGCUAUGCACAACUGGGAGGUCCUGGCAAUGGAGGAGCGAUCUAUCCGGGAAAACCUUGGCGAGAAAGUGGCAGAUCUCGAGGAGCAGCUCGCCGGCCUCAAGGACGCCUAUGAAAAAGCUGUGGUUCAACGUGACGGCCAAAUAUCGACCGUAGAUGGCCUUCAAAGGGCCUUACAAGAAAUCCAAACCGCCCGGAAACAAGAACUUCGUGAGCUUGUAGAAAGCUCUGAUGCCCAGCUUGAGGAGCUCAGACAGGCGCUUCAUGAUGCACAAAAGAAGGCUUCCGAGGCUGACCAAACCAUCCAGGCCUCUCAGAGUGAGCUAGAGAGGGUCAGGCCGUUUGAGAAAGAGGCUAAAGAGAAAAAUCUUCUUAUUGGAAAACUAAGGCACGAAGCAGUAACGUUGAAUGAUCAUUUGACUAAAGCAUUGCGGUUCCUCAAAAAAGGGAAGCCGGAGGAUAACGUUGAUAGGCAUAUUGUCACAAACCACCUACUGCACUUUCUAGCCCUCGAUCGAUCAGAUCCAAAGAAGUUCCAAAUCUUGCAACUUAUUGCAGCCCUUUUGGGGUGGACCGAUGAACAGCGUGAGCAGGCAGGCCUUGCGCGCCCAGGAGCUUCCAGCACCUCCAGCAAGCUCAGGAUUCCUAGUAUCUCUGUUCAUCGUACACCUAGUACACCAACUUUAGCUACGGAGUUUUUGGAUAAUGGUGCUUCGAGCAAGGAGUCGCUGGCGGAACUUUGGUCCAAUUUUCUUGAGCAGGAGUCUCAAACCGGACAAGAAAACGCAGCCAAAGCCGGAAACGAGGGCCAGAGGCCAUCCAAGUCUUGAAUGCUUAGUACUUAUUCACCGCCUUCUUCGUUCCACCUUAACCGCGUUAUGCCUCUGACCGAAUUGAUACUCUCUGUACUGUACGAUAAGCAGGCUCUUAUCAGAAAUCACACUGGCAUUAUUUUAGAUAUGAGAGUUUUGUUUUUUUUGUUUUUUUUUUUGUUUUUUUGGUAGCUGGUUAUUCUCUGUUUGUAGAUCAAAUUCGCAAGCAGCGUGGUAAUUAUAGCCACCGCCUUUAUUCUGCCAGGAUGGUGUAGGUAUGGGGUUGUGUUAAAACCCGACUGUAUUCUCACCAUCUAUCCAUCCUGAAUAAUCUGAUAUAUGAAUUAUUUACUGAACUGUCGUGUAUCUCGCUCGCUUUUUAGUAGACAGCUUCCC